AUGGCUCUCUCCAAGAGCGAAUCCGACAUCAUCCUAAACCGGGCAAAUGUCGCGCUCGCCCGAAGCCAACGCCUCGUCGCAUCAUGGCUCCCCGAGAGAACCACCGACGAACUCACAAACGCCAAAUCAGAAGAGGAACUACAACGCGAGGAAGAUGAGAUUUUCACAGCUGUCCCUGAGACUCUCGGCGUCGGCGCCCCUCUCCCCGAAAAAGCAGCAGACGGAAGCUGGAAUCGCACGGAAUUAAGCUCAAACGAUCAAUUACGCAAACAACUCCUCGGAAGGAACUAUGAUAAAUUUAUGAAAGCCAAUGCUGCGGCGAAACAAGCUUCCGCUGCUGCUAAGACCGCUGCGUCGGCUGCUGCGGCGGGGAAGACAGCUUCUGCGGCGAAUGAGGAGGAUGAUCAGGAUGAUGAUGAGGAUGGGAGGGUUUCUAUGGUUGGGAAGCAGAAGAGGAGGAGGGUUGGGCAGGGUCGUGCUGCACAGAUUGGAUCUGGAUCUGGGUCUGGUGUUACCCCUGUCUCUACGGGCGAUGUUGAGGAUGCGGGUGAGAAGGCGGAUAAUGGGACAGUCCAGACUGAAGGGAUUGUUAAACAGGCUCCCUCGAAGGGGAGGAAGAAGGCUACGAGUUAUCUGGAUGAAUUGUUGGCUGAGAGGUCGAAGAAGAGGAAGAAGCGGUGA